AUGAAGUUGCUUUUCCCAGCCACGAUCUCGGCAUUGGUAGCCACGGCCUUGGCCACACCCUCGGUCACUACCCAAGAGGGCACCGUCCAUGGUGGAAAGUGCAGCGAUGGGAAAGAUGCUGUCUACUACAAGGGUCUCCCCUUCGCCGAACCUCCGGUCGGGAAACUGCGAUUCGAACCUCCCAAGGCCUGGAGCAAGAAGUAUCCCGGUGGCAGCCUGAAUGCUACCACCCGUGCGCCAGCCUGCAUCCAAUUUGGAGAUGAGAUGAUCCCAGACCAGAAGAAGUCCGAAGACUGUCUUUAUCUUGAUAUUUGGGCCCCAUCUAAGGCCACCAAGGAUUCCAAGCUCCCUGUCAAGGUCUGGGUUUACGGUGGAUCCAACACCGCCGGUGGAAUCGAUUAUCCUCUCUUCGAUGGCUGCAGCACGGCCGAUGAUGGCGCUAUUCUGGUCUCGCUCAACUACCGACUUGGGCCCCUCGGGUUUUUGACGCUCAAGAGCGCCGGCAUCCACGGGAACCAAGCAAUUCAAGAUAUCCUGAUGGGCCUCGAAUGGGUUCAGAAAAGCAUCUCGGCCUUUGGCGGUGACCCGAAAAAAGUUGUUCUGUUUGGACAAUCGGCGGGGGCAACAGACGUCUUUACUGUUGCUACUCUGCCCCAGGCGCCUCGUCUCAUGAAUGGAGCCAUCGCCGAAUCGAUUGCUUUGCCGUCGUUGGUAGAGACCCAAACUGCUCAAAAACUAGGCGCAUCAUAUGCCAAGGUUCUUGACUGCGGUGUGAAGGAUAAAUCAUGUCUCCAGUCCAAAUCUGUGGCGGAUCUGCAGAAAGCCGUGGGCUCCGAUUCCUACAUGGACCAGGGACUCGGCGCAAUCUCGGGCAUCGGUGUUCCAAACAGGAAGACACCGCGAUUCUAUCCCCAUGUGGAUGGCAAAGUCGUUGAGAAGAACCCAGUUACUAACGGAGUCCAAGUCCCAACUAUCAUUGGAUCCAAUCAAGCGGAGGGCAUGAUGGACACCCUCACCAAGUACAACUCCGAGGAUGUCAUUGCCAAGCUCACCGCCGCCGAUUACAAGACCUUCCUGGAGGGUGACUUCGGACCUGCCACCGAGACCAUCCAGCAAUACUACCCGCUAUCGAAGUUCAUGGACGCCGUCGGGGGCCAGAAAUCACUCGGCGUCCUCGCAGCCAUCGCAACCGUCCUGACCGACGCGCACUUCAAGUGUCCAGGCUACGAGAGCGCAGUGCACUCCGCCCGCAAGAACAAGCAGGUAUACAUGUACGAGUUCACCCAUAACAACACCUGUGCCUGGCUGGACACCAUGCCCCCCAAGGCUCUCCCCAUUUUCGGCGCCGCGCACACCGCCGAGCUUCCCUACGUCUUCGGCAACCUCUACUUCGACUUCCCCGCCAACCACACUACCUGCAAUGCCACGCAGGCUGAGUAUGCGCUCGGCAAGAACAUGAUGAGUCUCUGGACCGCCAUGGCGGAACAUGGCAAGCCGUCCACGGAUGAGAUCCGUUGGCCCGAGUUCAAGAUCACGCCGCAUGGAACCAAGACUCCCGGCAUGGUUUUCGAUAACUCGACAACGCCUGGCUCUAUCGAUUACCAUGCUUGUGAGCUGUGGGCUAAGGUGAAUGCCAUGCUGAACUCAAGCAAUGGAACUGCUAGCAGCACGUCCAGCAGUACUCAGGCUAGCGGUACAUCUGGCAGUGGCAGCAGCGGCAGCGGCAGCAGUGGAACAUCAACACCCACCACUUCAACCAAUGGUGCCGGAACCAUCUCCCUGCUUGUCAGCAAUACCAUGGUUCUGGGCAUGCUGGCGUCUGUGUCAGCUACAUUUGCCUGUCUCGGUCUGAUGUAUUAG